CUCUCUCAUAUGGGAAGGAACAAAAGGGCAAUGGAUGGAACCAAGAAUAAGGAAGCCAAGAGAGGAGCAUGGGCAGCUGAAGAAGAUGAGAGACUAGCUCAAGUUGUUGAAAUCCAUGGCCCAAAGAAGUGGCAAUCUAUUGCUGCUAAAGCAGGUCUCAAUAGGUGUGGAAAGAGUUGCAGGUUGAGAUGGAUGAAUUACUUAAGACCCAACAUCAAGAGAGGCAAUAUCUCAGAUCAAGAAGAGGAUUUGAUACUUAGGCUUCAUAAACUCUUAGGGAACAGGUGGUCUUUGAUUGCUGGACGGCUACCGGGUCGAACGGAUAACGAGAUUAAGAACUACUGGAACUGUCAUCUGAGCAGAAAACUAGGACAGAAGCAGAAGCCCAAAACAAUAUCAGAAGCAGAGAGAUCUGAGCUCCAGAAAGCAAAGGUUUUGGAGAAGGAACUUGAAGAUGGAAGCGAAGAGGGCACCUCUAGUGGAGGUGAUGGAGAAUCAGACAUUGGUUUUAAUGUGGAUGAAUUGCUUGAUUUCUCCACUGAGGAUUCUCUCAAUAUGCAGUGGGUAACCAAAUUCCUUGAAUUCGAUGAAGAUUUUUGUGGAUUUUCAUGAAAAUUUCAAGUUAGAACAUUUGUUGCUACUUCAUCAAAUAAU